AUGAUCAGUGUAUACCUGCUUGUGUUGUUGCUGACAGACUCGGCUCGGAUGCGUACCUUGGCCCUCAUCUCUGCAGGCGACAAAACGUCCAUCGCCUUCGCCUUCUCUGUGGCCCUUCAAACCGCCGGACUCGCCGCAGAGUCCGUCACGAAAUCGGGCUUCAUUGCAGUGGAUGAGAAGAAGGUCUCUCCCGAGUCUACUGGUAAUCUUUUCGCCCGGUCUACCUUUACGUGGCUGCGCAAGCUGCUCCUAAUUGGGUACAAGAGGGUGAUUAUGGUGCGCGACCUGUUCCGCCUUGACAGCGUCAUGGAUUCAGAGGCACUGGCUGCCAAGUUCCGCGGCUUCGCGCUCGAGAAAGCGGGUAAGAAGCGCAAGUCCACGACGCUGCUCUUCGAGACUUUCUGGAAGCUCAAGUGGCCAAUCUUCGCUGCUUUCCCGGCAAGACUCAUUACGAUGGGCCUCACAUUUGCCCAGCCUUUCCUUCUCGCAGAUACUGUCGGCCUAUCUGCAUUGCCUGUUGUGAAGGAAACCGACCAAUGGGGAUAUGGGUUGAUCGGAGCUUUCAUCCUUGUCUACCUUGGACUUGCCAUCGCGUCUUGCCAAUACCAGUACAAGAUGGUGCGCGUGGUGACAAUGACCCGCGGCGGUCUGGUCAGCCUCGUCUAUGCUCGCAGCAUGAACCUUGAUCCUAAAGACCAGGCGAAGGCUGGAGCUGCACUGACACACAUGAACGCGGAUAUUGAGCUGAUUACAGCUGGUGCUUUCUACAUCCAUGAGCUGUGGUCAAGUCCCGUGGAGAUUGCUGUCGGUAUCUGGCUAGUUGAGAGACAACUCGGAGUUGCCUGCUUGAUUCCAGUCGUGAUUGCCAUUCUUGCCGCCGGCGCCACGUUCUGGCUCACCAAGCGCAUCAACUCUGCUCAAACGGCUUGGGUCGGCAAGAUCACGGAGCGAAUUGCCAUGACUGGCGUCACCUUGAACUCCGUCACAGGCUUGAAGUUGGCCGGAUUGCUUGACAAGAGUCUUACCUUACUUCAAGGGAUUCGUGAAAGUGAAUUGCACAUCUCCAAGACAUUCCGAAAGCUGCUCAUCGUGAACAUGCUGCUGGCCUACGUCUCUCCUGUUCUCACACCCGUCUUUACCUUUUUGCUAUUCGCGCUUGUGUCUAGGUCCGAUCCAAGCUCAUCGCUGACCAUCAGCCGCGCUUUCUCUUCCCUGGCUCUGUUGACUGUCAUCGCCUCACCAUUGACGAUGAUUAUCAGCAUGGUACCUACCCUCAUCGUGUCAUAUAAUUCUUUCAAUCGAAUCCAACGGUAUUGCGAGCGCGAGGAAGAAGCGCCUGCUGCCCCCUCGGCUAGCCUUGACGAAAAGUCACCCCCGACCAACUCCAGCUCCAACAAUGACCUGCCGAUGCGCUCGCUUCCAGCCUCUGAAACUAGUGACACAGCAGUCAUUAUUGAGAAUGGGUACUUCUCGUGGGUGCCUGGGGCUCUAUCCGGGAUUGAGAACGUGAAUAUGGUGGUCAAGAAGGGAUCGUUCGCGAUGAUAUUGGGCGCCACUGGAUCAGGCAAGUCUACAAUUCUGAAGGCACUAGUCAACGAAGUUCCCGAGGCUAGGGGAAUUGUGCACUGCAUCCAAGGCGCGAAAGGUUACUGCGCACAGACGCCAUGGCUCCCGGCCGGUACAGCGCGUGAAGUCAUCAUGGCUGGCUCUCCCGUCGAUAUGGAAUGGUAUCGCUCGGUCACAAAAGCAUGCCAACUAGAGGAAGAUUUCCGAGGAUGGGAUGAGGGUGAUGACCAUCCAAUUGGGAGCAAUGGUGCUGCCUUGAGUGGUGGACAGAAACAGCGCGUCGCUCUUGCUCGCUGCAUUUAUUCGAAAGCCAACUUGAUGCUUCUUGAUGACAGCUUAUCCGGUUUGGAUGUUGAGACAAAAGCCGCUCUGCUUGAACAGGUGUUUGGCGCAACUGGAUUGAUCCGAAAGCUCAACACAACGGUGAUUCUGGUGUCGUCUACAAGAGAACACCAGGCCCUCGCAGACGAGGUCAUGAACACUGGCGAUGCCGAGGCGACCCCAGCCGCCGCUGUGCCAUCAGAAGCGGCAGCGGUUGCCGAGCCACCUAAACCCGUGCUCAGGCUCCCGAAAGCUUUGAGAGAUGCUAUCGAGUCAGAAGCACCAGUCGCCGAGGCACCGGCCGCUGAGAAGGUUGAGGUAAUGACAGACGCUGUGAUUGCGGAAGACACAGGGUCCUCCUCGAAAGAGAGAGACCAAGACGACGACGAAAGCAGCAAGGGUGUACAAGAGAUCGAUCGCGACAACGCGAGACAGUAUGGAGGGCGUGGCGCUUACAAGUACUACAUCAAGCCAAUCACAUGGGCUUCGUUGAUGACUUUCAUCAUCUCUAUCAUCCUGUUCACCUUCUGUCAGGCGUUCCCAAGUGUGUGGCUCAAGAUGUGGGCCGAGCAUAACGAGAAGCAUCCUGACAGCCAGCUGGGGCUGUAUCUCGGUGUCUAUGCUGCUCUUGGUGUUGGUGCCAUUGCUUGCAUUGUUAUCGCCUCCUGGGGCUUCUUCGUCAACAUUAUUCCACAGACUGGGUCUUUCUUCCAUCAAGUCCUGGCUACCACAGUGGCAAACGCUCCCUUGGCUGCGUUGUCAUCGAUGGAGCCUGGCGAGAUCACCAGCAGAUUCAGUCAGGAUCUUCAGAUGAUCGACAUGGAGCUUCCUCUGGCCACCAUGAACACCUUCGCUUCUGUGACGAUUUGCAUCGCUAGCGCUACGAUUGUUGCGGUCGCCGGAAGAUAUGUGGCGAUCGCCUUCCCGGUUGUCAUUGCGAUUUUGUUCUUCAUCCAGAAAUUCUAUCUGCGCACAUCGCGCCAGCUUCGUUUCCUGGAGCUGGAGACCAAGGGCCCUCUAUAUUCGCGUUUCCUCGAGUGCAUCAGCGGUCUCAGCACAAUCCAAGCCUUCGGUUGGGAGGAAUACUACGAGCGCAACCAGUGGAGUUUCCUGGAUACGUCCCAGCGGGCUUACUACCUCUUCCAGUGCCUGCAGCGUUGGCUCACUGUGACUAUUGACCUCGUCGUUGCGAUGUUAUCUAUUAUUCUGGCGAUUGUCCUGAUCCAGAUGCGUAGCAGCAUUGGCGGCGGCUACAUCGCUGUCGGUCUGGUGAACAUCAUGACCUUUAACGGCCAGCUGAAAACCGUCAUCAUGCAUUGGACGUCGAUGGAAAUUGCACUUGGAGCCAUUGCUCGCAUCCGUGGUUUCUCAACCGUGACCGAGAAUGAGAAUGAGGGCCAAGGGACCGCUGAAUGCCCCCCAGGGUGGCCUGCGAAAGGUGGCAUCCAGGUCAAGAAUCUGACAGUAUCAUAUGGCGGACGACCGGCGCUUCGAGGAGUGAGUCUGGACAUUCUUCCACAAGAGAAGAUCGCAGUGUGCGGACGGACAGGCAGUGGCAAGAGUACGCUUCUUAUGUGUUUGCUCCGCAUGGUCGACCCUGAUCAUGGAUCGUCCAUCCUCAUCGAUGGCGUGGACAUUCGAACACUGUCGCGACAGCGCGUCCGAUCGGGGAUUGCGUACGUGUCGCAAGACCCGGUGUUCAUCAUGGACAAAGUCAAGACCAACCUCGAUCCUUCGGGCGAGGCGACCGACGAAGCGAUGAUUGAGACACUGACCAAAGUCGGUCUCUGGGAGAUCAUUCAAGCGUCUGGAGGUCUUGAAAUGACCCCGAUGCAGCUUUUGCCGCUGUCGCCUGGUCAGAAGCAGCUCUUCGUCCUCGCAAGAGCCAUGCUUAGACCCAAGAAGAUUGUCCUUCUGGACGAGCCGGCGUCAACGGUCGAUGAUGCCACGGCUGAUCGCAUCAAGGAUCUUAUGCACACCGAGUUCCGAGAUUGUACGGUCAUCAACGUUGCCCACCGUCUUGAGACUAUUAGGGCAUACGACAAGGUGUUGGUCCUGCGCGAAGGCUCCAAGGUCGCAUACGACAGCGUGAGCGCCGUGCUUGAGAGCGACGAGUGA